AUGAGAGCCGCCUCUCAAUACGGCUAUCGUCCGUUCCAAACUUCUACACCAAGAAUACUUUUUGUGCUGCACACAAAAACUGGCAAACUCCUCCUCGACCACCACUACUGUCAGCGAUCGACGUACCUUGCCCUGGAUACGCUCGUUUAUACAUGGGAUACUCUUCUAGAGAAGCCUUUCGCGAUGUUUGUUGCUGUUGCUGCUGCUGCUGCUGUUGUUAUUUGUCUAAACCCAAGGGAUCCCUGCCAAGGGAUCCCUGGGGAGGGCAAGGGGCAACGAUCCCAGAAGAAGCUGAAGAAGGCGAUGAAGCCGACAAGGUAG